AAAAUACUGGAACGUCAGCGUAUAAAAACCAUUGGAGCAAGUCAAACGUGUAAUGCACACUUAGAACCAGACGAGGUCAGCAAAACAAUUCAAUCUUUUUACCGACAUACUGUACAUUCGAUUCUUUGAUCUGCUCCACCCACUAAAUGGCACUCAGUGCUAUUCUAACAUGAGGGAGGCUAUCCAAUGAAAAGUAUCAGUCCCGUCUACAAAACUGUUGCAUGCUGGUCCGAGGCCCCUCAACGCAAAUGUUUUGCUAAGAUAAUGAAGCAAUUUCCAAAUUUCUAGACCCUGAAAAGUUGCUAUCGAGAGACCAGAAAAAAUAUAAUUUGUAAAGAAACAUCAUUAGGUCGAACUAUCCGAAUGCAUUGCAUAUAAUAAACUGUUAUAUUUACUCGGGCGAGAUUUAUAUGGUUUGUAGAGAACUCUUCUGUUAAAGAAAUUGAGAAAACAUGCCUAUCACUCCAUAUUGUCUGGGGAAAGGAAAAUAAACAGUUCCUAUUUGAAGUUUCAAUAAGUGUUUGUUGAAGGGUUCUGCUGAGAUCAAUACGCUGGAAAUGUGUGCAAUGUUUUACAUUUGAUCCGAAAUACUGUACAUCUGACUCCUCCUUUGGAAGUUAGUGUACCUUAUGUGAGCCCUCCCCUCUGCUGGAUUCUCUCCUCUUAUUGUCCACAUCUCAGCCUGAUGACAAACAGUGCACACACCGAGUGGACUUUGGGCACACAUAUUUGGGAUUUUUAAAUGUGUAUGGUCAUAUUUGCCCCGAUUUUUGCCAUUUGUGCGUUUGCAACAUGCGGCGGCUACUAUGGGCACCUCCGGGUUAAAGUGGACUGUGCAGACAGUAGACAGAGUAACAGGAGCAUCAACAUUGAAUUUGGCUAUCCGUUCAGGUUGCAACAAGUGCAUUUCAGGGCUCCGCUAUGUGAAACAAAGAGGGAGGAAAUUCUCUUCCUGGAUGGCGACUUUUCCUCCUCUGCUCAGUUUUUUGUCACCGUGGGUGUGAUCACGUUCCUUUACUCUCUACUGGCAACUGUUGUCUACGUCUUUUACCAGAACAAAUACUUGAAAAACAACAGAGGCCCACCUGUGGACUUUGUGGUGACAGUGAUCUUCUCCCUCAUGUGGCUCGUCAGUAGUUGUUGUUGGGCCAAAGCGCUUUCAGAUAUCAAGACGGCUACCAAGCCUACCAAGGUGCUGCUGCUCAUCCCUGCCUGCUCGGCUCAGGAGAACAAAUGCACAGCCGCCCAGGAACCUCACUGGUCUCGGCUCAACACAUCUGUGGUUUUUGGUUUUAUCAACGUCAUCCUUUGGGCUGGAAACAUUUGGUUUGUCUUUAAAGAGACAGGCUGGUACAAGAUGGGGCAGAGGUAUCCCACCAGGAGCACUUCGGGAAAACGAGAAAUGCGUCAGCGACUCUACAGCGAGAGCAGCUUUGAAAUUCAAGAGGAGAAUUUUGGUCCUCAGCCGUCCAAACACAACCACUUCAACAAGACAAAAGAGGAUUUAGGGAUGCAGGCGUACCGGCAAGGCAGCUUCAACCAAUCACAAAUGAGCCAGGGCCUCCCGCAAACCUAUCUCGGCCAGCCAGUCAUGUAAGACGGUAAAGGAGUGGCCCUGUGAUCAUUUGCAAUGACAAGUCGUUUUGCUUGAUGUUAAAUGGAUUAAUUUGACACUUGUAUUACAGUAAAACUGUUUUGUUUUCAUACAUCGAAAACUUUUGACGUCAUCUUUCCUGACCACUAUGAUUUCAAUCUAAACAACACGCUCCAAAACAAAAAGAGGUGUGAAUAAAUGGAAAAUGUAUGUGGUGGUACUAAGUCAGCUAAUGUGCGUAGUUUAUAUGUUAUUACAGUAUAUAUGUCUGGUAUCGAAAUGUGUUAUCUUUUGAUCCGUACAGAUGUAUAACAAUUGUAUGGAAGAAUAAAAAACAGAGCAAAUGGU